ACACCGCCGAGUCGGACGGGGCACGAAGAGCAAUGCCGGGCUGGCUUGGGCGAUCGGCUGUGUGGGAGGGGGCCGGAGCGCUGACAACGAGAAGGUUAAAUGCUCGCUGCCCCAGAGAGGUGUGCCGAUGUUAUCCGUACAACCCAAAGGGAAGCAGAAGGGCUGUGCUGGCUGCAACCGAAAGAUCAAGGACCGGUACCUGCUGAAGGCUCUGGAUAAGUAUUGGCAUGAAGACUGUUUAAAGUGUGCCUGCUGUGACUGUCGUCUUGGAGAGGUUGGAUCAACUCUUUACACAAAAGCAAAUCUCAUUCUUUGCCGCAGAGAUUACCUGAGGCUCUUUGGUACCACCGGGAAUUGUGCUGCCUGCAGUAAACUGAUCCCUGCCUUUGAGAUGGUGAUGAGGGCCAGAGAUAAUGUUUACCAUUUGGACUGCUUUGCCUGUCAGCUCUGCAACCAGCGGUUCUGUGUGGGAGACAAAUUUUUCCUGAAGAACAACAUGAUCUUGUGUCAGAUGGACUAUGAGGAAGGGCAGCUGAACGGGAGCUUCGAGUCCCAGGUGCUUUGACCUCCCACGUAACAAAAGCGAUGAGAUUUGAAGCAUCUCCUGGAGAAAAAUUCUGAACUGUGUUCCUGCUGCGAUGCUUUGUGCAAUGAUUUUCAAGGUUAUGCAAUUCAUGUGCAACCCACUGGACUGUAUCAAACACAUUUCUUUGUAUGGUGUGUGUCACUUUAAUAUAGUGCACCAGUAGCUGUAAAGGAUGGCUGCAAUUCUAUUUAUUUUGUCUUCUGGCUUUUUCUUAAAUUUACCCCCCUUUCCUUUAAUAAAUAGACACCAAGUACUUUUUUUCU